UGCAAUGCAAACAGCUCUCUCUUUCUCUCUCUAAAUUAGAAGACAACUCAUCUUGUCAGCCGCUCCCAUUUGAAAGGAAUUCAAUCUACACAAAAAAAAAAAAGAAAAACAAAAAAAAGAAAGAGAGAUAGAAAGAAACCCUCCAAGCCUGGCCACUAGGCCACCAAAGUGACUGAAUUGAGUGAGAGAGAGAUAGUGACACUCUCUCACACACACAAAACAAACAAAAGAAAGAAAAAAGAGAAAAAAAAAAUAGUGACUCUCUCUCUCUACCUCUCACUUGAUCAUGGAUGGCGAUGAUGGGAUCCCAAGCAGGCCAAACUUUGCACUCCAAUUCCUUGAGAAAAAGGAAGUAGACGAGGCAUCUACUUCCACUGAGCCAUCAAAGAAGCCUCCACCUAAGAGAACCUCCACCAAGGACCGACACACCAAAGUCGACGGUCGCGGUCGCCGGAUCCGCAUGCCCGCCAUGUGCGCUGCACGUGUUUUCCAGCUCACGAAAGAGCUUGGCCAUAAAUCAGACGGCGAAACCAUCGAGUGGCUCCUCCAGCAAGCGGAGCCAGCCGUCAUUGCAGCCACGGGAACAGGUACGAUUCCAGCCAAUUUCACUUCUCUCAACAUCUCUCUACGUAGCUCCGGUUCUACCAUGUCAGCGUCUCACCUGAGGAACACUUACUUCAACCCUAAUUUCCAACAAUUCCGGAUGAGGAACGAGGCCGGAGACGUGUCGGCAGCCACAGCCACGUCACCACAUCCAAGAAUACUGUUCGAGGACGUAAACGUAAAUUCACGCGGAGGCGGUGAGACCGCGACUUGUUUUGAUGUAACAGAUUUGGGGAGAAAACGGAGACCAGAUUCUUCUGAUCACAUGGCUCCAGGAGCAGCAAGUUACUUGUUGCAGUCGAGUACAGCUGGAUCGAUUCCAUCAACUCACGCGACACUUCCUGCCGCGGCCGCGUUCUGGACGGUUACAAAUCCAGCUGGCUACCAAGUACUGAGCGGGGAAUCUCCUUCUACGGUGACGUUUUCGGGUUUUGGAGGAGGUAGUACUGGUACUAAUACUCCUCAUGGACUACAUUUCAUGAAUUUUCCUACCCCUGUCGCUCUCCAACAAUUCGGGUCAGGACUUGGUGGUGGUGGGAUUAAUGAUGGCCACUUAGGGUUGUUCGCGGCGCCGAGUGUUUACAGGCCGAUGGUGGGUGGUGGUGGCAGCGAUGACUCGGAAUCUCCGCAUCCUCACCAGCGAGGGGAUCUGGACGGACAUGGUUUGUGUUUUUUAGCUGGUGCAUGAGAGGACCAUCAAUUGGUUUUGAUCCUGCAAUUGUCAAGAGGGAGAUUGUAGAAUUUUUAAUCCUAGUGUAUACGACAAUUACAUGGUCAUUCAAAAUUGUAUAACAUUAUUACGUGCCUACAGGAAAGUAAACUUGUGGUAGAUUGCUAUUUUAAGGUCCAAGCUAACAAUUUUUUAUCCGAUACAAAGAUGAUUAUUUAGACGCGUGAAGCCCUCCAUUACUAAUGCUUU